AUGCCUCCGAAAAUCGAGCAACAAGAGAUCGAAACCUACUGGAACAUUUUCGCCACCAGAACAGGAGGCCAGAAAUAUCUUACCGGCGAGCAGGCUGCGCCCGUCCUCAAGAACAGUGGUUUACGAGAUGACCAGUUGGAGCGGGUGUGGGACCUCGCCGACGUUGACAACGAUGGCAACCUCGACUUUGAGGAGUUUUGCGUCGCCAUGAGGCUAAUCUUCGAUAUCCUCAAUGGGGAAUACGCCGACGUCCCUUCGACACUCCCAGACUGGAUGGUGCCCGAGUCCAAGUCGCAUCUCGUCCAAGCUACCCGCGCGAUUACCGGAAAGCAAGUUCAAUUCGAGAGAGUCGAGGAUGAGCCGGAUUCUCCAGGGCUCAAGGAUGGGUUUGACUGGUACAUGAAGCCCGCGGACAAGUCCAAAUACGAGCAAAUCUACCAAGAAAACAGAGAUAUGCGAGGCGAAAUAGCUUUCAAUUCCCUCGAAGACCUCUACGAAUCCCUUGAUGUACCUGAUACAGACAUCCGCUCUGCUUGGAAUCUGGUCAACCCGGCGGCCCACUCCACGAUAAACAAAGAUGCCUGUCUCGCUUUCCUACACAUGCUCAACUACCGACACGAAGGCUACCGCAUUCCCCGCAACAUUCCCGCCUCUCUCCGGUCAUCCUUCGAACGCAACAAUAUCGACUACCAGGUCGACAACCAACGCACCGCGGCGGCAUCUCGCUGGGCGACCAAGGCUGACGAUAAUACCUCUACGGGCCGCAAGGCCAAGUUCGGCGAACAGUACCUUACUCGGCUGGGCCACUCCGGGUUCAAGACAGCGGGGACCGACUUCUCGACCGAGAAGACGGAAGACUGGGAGGAAGUCCGCCUCAGGAGGCAACUCCAGGAUCUCGAGGAGAAGAUACAAAAAGUGGAAGCAGACGUGGAGAGGAAGAAGGGCGGCAAGCGAGACUCCAAGCCGGCACUCGUGAAGAGGGAGCUCGAACAAUUGCUAGACUACAAGAGGAAGCAGCUUAGGGACCUAGAAGAAGGCAAUAAUAAGGGGGCUGGCGGCGGUUCGAACUUGAAGUCCAUCUCCGAUGACUUGCAGACGAUCAGGGAGCAGGUUGAUGGGCUGGAGAGCCAUCUGCGUUCGAGGCAAUCGGUUCUAGACCAGUUGAGGCGGGAGAUUGAAGACGAGAAGGCGAGCAGAUGA